CUCUACUGAAAAAGCGCAAAAUUGUUUAAGAAAACUCAUAAAAAAUUGUAAAAACUCGAUAAAAAAACAAAUAAACCGCUUGCGGUUCUUCUGUCCACUACGGCAUAUUAAAAAACAGCCGAAAAUGAAUUUUAUUCGGUCAAUCUGUGUGGAACGUGUUGCGGGCCGCCAUCUUGUUUAGCCGGGAACAUUCUCGAAGAAAACGUGACGUCAAUAUAUUUGCUUUAAAUGAAAAAUCAACACUAGAAAACUCUUUUACUUAGCCCACACUUACUACUUAUUACUUACUAUCCGGCGAAAUAGAAAGGAAAAAGAGGAAGCACCGCAUCUUAUUUUUCAACGGAGAAAAACUACAACAUUUGGCUGAUUCACAAUGGCGGAAAUAUGCAGAGUUUGCAUGGCGAAUUCCGAGACACUCAAUCAGAUGUUCGAUGAGACAGAUUUGAACACGUGCCUUGCCGAACUGAUGGCUGAUUGUACCGGGUACGGUGAUGAUUCGCUACCAGAACAUAUAUGUGCGCGUUGCCUUGAUGAGGCAUUGAGUGGCUUCAGCCUGCAGGAAAACGGCGUGCAGAGCCCUGCAAUUAUUUUUCCAGAGAUGGAGAAGGAUCUAGAAGAAUACCUCUCUGUUAAUCAGGAAAUUUCAGGCGAGGAGGAAAUACAUGAAGCUGUUGAGAGUGUGGUCCCUCGCUUUAAAUGUGCUCUGUGCGACAAAAGUUAUUCGCGGAAGUCAAGUCUCCAAUUUCACAUGCGCAAGCACAUAGGUGAUCCGCCCUUCAAAUGUCCCGAAUGUCCAAGUUGUUUCGCAAAGCAAAGCAAACUUGAUGCACACAGCCGCAUUCACACAGCUGAUCGGCCCUUCAAGUGCGCCGACUGUCCAAAUGCGUACCUGAACCAACACAGUCUCGAUAUACACAAGCGCUCGCACAGAGUUGGCCAGCCCCACCAUAUAUGCAGCUUCUGCUCGAAACCCUUCCCAAACAAAUUCAGAUUGAAUGUGCACACCCGUUCGCACACAGGGGAUCGACCCAACAAGUGCCCCGACUGUCCAAAGUCGUUUAUACGCAAAUACGAACUGAAGGUACACAGCCGUGUGCACACUGGAGAGCGACCAUAUAAGUGCCCCAUAUGUUUCAAGGCGUUUACACAAUCGACUAUCCUGAAUAAGCACAUGAGUAUUCACUCUAAUGAUCGACCUUUCCAGUGCUCUCGCUGCACAAAAUCAUUUAAGCUCAAAUCUUAUCUGGAUAAACACGCACGUAUUCACACAGCAAACGACCCUUGAAGUGUUCAGAAUGGAAACCAUUUAUUUCUUCGACGCACCAAUAUUCUACACGCCACCUAAAGAAGUACCUUGCGAUUCUAGACAUGGACGACACAGUAUACACAAUAAAUUUAUAAAAUACAAAUU